ACGUCAGAGCGCGCGCUUAUACAGGCCGGCGGCCCCGGCGCGGCCGCAGACGGAGGCGCGCGCGGUGAGCUGACGGCGGCGGCGGCACGAGGAGGGAUGUAAGCUCACCUGCGUUUCAGACGGGACCACAGUUCAGGAGUCAAUGCAUUUACAGUUCGUCGCCAGUGAUGACUUGGCUGCUGGUGUGGAUUCUAACCGCAGCCGGGAUCCAACAGGCCCACUCCCAGAAUUCCACUGUCAUGCCGCCCGCUACAGCCGCGACGUCCACAGAUGCGGAACCGUACAACCGCACCGAGAUCUGCAAGUGGCCCUGCGUUUGCCCCGAGGUGGCCCCGAGCUGUCCGCCGGGCGUGAGCCUCUUCCUCGACGGAUGCGAGUGCUGCAAGGCCUGCGCCCGCCAGGUGGGCGAGGUGUGCAACGAGGCCGACACGUGCGACUACCACAAGGGACUGUACUGUGACUACAGCUCGGACAAGCCUAGGUACGAAAAAGGAGUGUGUGCAUAUUUGGGGGGAACCGGCUGCGAGCACGAUGGUGUGAUUUACCGUAACGGGCAGAGCUUCAAGCCCAGUUGUAAAUACCAGUGUGUGUGCGUGGACGGCGCCAUUGGCUGCGUGGCGCUGUGCACGGAGUCUCAGCCUCCGAGGGUGUGGUGUCAAACCCCGCGGCGGGUCAAAGUCAGGGGUCAAUGCUGCGAGCAAUGGAUCUGUGAUGAACCCAAACGAGGGCGCAAGACGGCGCCGCGGCACGCCGUAGAGGCUUCCCCGGCUGAGACCAGGAGCUGGCACAAGAACUGCAUUACCCAGACUACCUCAUGGAGCCCCUGUUCAAAGAGCUGUGGUCGCGGCGUGUCCCUGAGGGUCUCCAAUGCCAAUGACCAGUGUGAGCUGGUCAAAGAGUCUCGCCUGUGCAACCUGCGGCCCUGUGAAGUCGACAUCACCAAACACAUCAAGCCGGGAAAGACGUGUCUGAACAUUUACAGGGAAGAAGAGGCCUCACACCUCACCAUCUCCGGCUGCACCAGCAGGAAGCAGUACCGGCCCAAAUACUGCGGCGUGUGCACGGACGAGCGCUGCUGCAUCCCCUACAAGUCCAAAACGAUCGACGUGGAGUUUGAGUGUCCUAACGGUUCAGCGUUCACCUGGCAGAUGCUGUGGGUCCAGGCCUGCUUCUGCAACCUCAGCUGCAGAAACCCCAACGACAUCUUCGCCGGGCUGGAGAACUACUACGGUUACCCAGAAGUCAUGAACUAACGGGUGGCAGUGCCGCUUCUUUCUGUUACGCAGUGAUGUGUGUGAUUACGUAGAAGGGAUUUUGUGACCGUCUUUUUUUUCCUAUUGGAAAAAUUGGUAAAUAUGAAAAAUGUGUUUCCAGUUUGGAUGCCGAAAGCAUUUAUUACAACAGCGCUUUUGAAGAAUAUUUGGAGCACUGCUUUGAAAAGGCGAAGAUAUUCUGUCCAUGAUAUAGUGAAGGCUUAAUUUAUUUAUCCAUCUUUUUGCAUGUGAAAUAACAUGUUCCUAAUAAGUAAAGGCUUACUAGAUACCUUCAGAUUGACUUCAUAAGAAAUGUUGGUGAGACAGAAGUUGACCGAGGGGACAAAGACAGCCCGUUUUAGGACAAAUAUCAAAUCACAGAAUCAGGAAAGAUCAGUUACAUGUUUUUUUUAUUGUGUUUUUUUUUUUAAUAAAUACAAACUGUUAUGUCACUUAAAUGCUUUUAUAGAGCAUUAGACGGCUGUACGUCACAUCUUUACAAAGCUGUGUAUGUGUGUUCUCCAAAGCUAAAUGUCGCUGUAGUGCAAGUAAAAUAUGGGAGACGGUGUCGGGUAAGUUCUAUGGUUAUACGCAUGUUAAUGUGGAACCAUCAUGUCACUCACCCAAAAGUCCACAAGUAGGAGCAUCCGGUCUAAAAAUAAAAUAAAAAUAUAACAUUUCUAUGGCACGCCUUUGUUCCAUUGUGCUUCGUUGCAUUGAAUUGUCAUAAAGGGAAAAUAAAAAUUGAAAAAAGUAUAUCUGAAGACAUGAUUCAUUAAUAAAGCAUACAAUGUAAAAAGCUAGGAAUGUUUUCUUCUUCAUGACAAAGCAUAACGCCUUAUUGGAAUGUACUAAAAAUAAUCAUGAGUCCUUUUGAAUAGUUGCAUCAUUGGAAAAUAAGAAAUGUAAAUGAUGUUUGUGAAAAUUAUAUUUUGGCAUUGUGAAUCAAUAUUUGCGGUAUAAAAAUGUGUGUCCCUUGAUUUUCAAAGGUCUAUCACAAUUGAGAAAUCUGGCAUUUUUAAUCAAUCAAGUGCCUCCGUAUUCUACAAUUCUGCUCCCACACACAGACAACACUUCAUACAUGGAAGAAAAAAAAAAAAAAAAAAA